GAUUCAGGUGGUGGGUCGUGAUAGAAUUAUGAUUAACUUAGAGCACCUUCAUCCACCACCGGGAUGUGGGCAUGUGACAGCUUAUGAAAAUGAUGGUCGCCUUCGUGCUUUACAUGUUACUGAAGCUCUUGAAACUACUAAGAAGUGGUUAGGUGGGCAGUUCAUUGAAGUAACUGUUGGACAGGAACCAGUCAGGACAGCACACAGCAAGCAAGAGGCACGGGAAGCAUUCUCUGCCCACACGGAGACGCCAUGGCAAAGAGUUAUGUUUGCAUAUUAUGAGGAGGGAUGGGAGGCUUCCCUACAGGAGAUGAUCAAAGGCAAGGAUGAAGGUAGUCUGUAUCAAGUUGCUUCCACUAUGGCUUCUGUUAUCCUGAAAGUGUGUGGCAUCAUUGCUAAAGCACAGGCACUCCUACCAUCACCCAAGAGGAGUGGAAGUUCUGCAAAUACUCCCCUUGUGCUGCGUGGAUCAGGUGGUAGUAUUGUGAGUGUGGCUUGGCAUCCUCAUACCAACACCUUGGCUGCAGUGUUUUGCGAUGAUACAGUGAGAGUUUUUGCUGCUGGUCGCAGUAUUACACCUCUUCUGAAACAUCGCCUCCAGAAAUCCAUCACACACAUUGCAUGGAUGCCCUAUUCAGCCUCACUUAUGGCAGUAGGUUGUGAGUGUGGUGUGUUAUUGUGGACACUAGACCCAGUCAAUGUUGUGACCCGCCCAUCUGGCUCCUGUGUCUCACUCCUGGCCCACCCUAGUGCAACACCCAUCAACUCCUUGACAUGGCAUCCCAAGGGCAAUUUAUUUGCAUGCGUUGGAGGCAGCAACAGUCAAUUGGUGGUAUGGGACGUGGGACGUGAGGCUUCAGUAGUGGUUCACAGUGGGACGGGUGGCAACAUCUCCCUGGUUCUGUGGUCUCCCGACAGUUCAAGACUUUUUGUUGCCUACUCUUCAAAAAUCAUGAGGGUGUUUGAAACUCGAAGUUGGACUUACGAACAGUGGAGUCUUGAAUCACCCAUCCAGUCUGCAGUUUGGUCAAGUUUGGGUCAUUUGUUGUUAUUUGUGACUCAAGAUGACCCAGUGCUCUACUACCUAGGUUUCAUCCCUGGUGAAGGUGUUGGGGGAACUCAAGUAGCCGCUCAGGUUGCAGACCUCACUCAGACUCUAGUCUCUGAUGAAGAUGGUGAGGAAGUAAGUGUGGGGGGACCUGUGAAGCAGUUAGCUUGGGAUAUUCGUAGUGAACGCUUGGCUAUUGUUUUCCGUGAUACAGAAUUUGUGGUGCUUUUCCACACGCACACUCAUCCCACGUUACAUCUCGCUCCAGGAGGGCUCAUUAGAGGUGAGCCUUGCCAAGUCCCCGUCAGUGUCAGCUUUCAGAAGAACUUACCCAAUGGUGCUGUGUUAUCAGUGGUAUGGAGCAGCGGACAAGUGCAACAUAUUCCCAUGCGUUACUCUUCGCGGGAACCUCUCCCUUCCACCCUCAACACCAGCACAUUCAACACCUCUAUCCGGACGACACACAACUCCAUUCUCAACUGCAGUGUUCCUCUCAACACCUCCAUGGGAUAUGCUGGGUCACCAGUUACAUCACCCCUCAUUGGUGGCAUCUUCACAUCUCCCUAAGUUAAAAUUAAAUUCUUAACUCACUUUUCCAUGAAUAUCUCUUGAGGUGUAAUUUUGUACAUAACUUGGAGGCUUUUUACUGAAUAAAUAAAAAGUACCAAAGUAAGUUUGCAGAUCCACUAUGUGAAAAAUUACCUGUAUUAGUGACUAAAUUCCUUCUUUACCCUGUCUUUCCAUGUACCAGUUGUAUUUAACCUGUCUGUCAUUGUAGUUUACAUUUAUAUUUUGUUCACUUCUCUAUCCAUCCUCGUAAAGGGUCAAAGUAUCUUAACAAAAUAUUUGGGCAUUUAUUAUCCUUUUAAUUUUCAAGUUUUUUAUCUCUUGUAUCUUACAUUUCAGACCUAUUAGUGGAACUGAUGUGAUUAUGACAAUCCUUCCUCUUUUAUAAUAUUUUUUAAGUGGUCCUUUUCUACCCAUGUAUAUUGUAACAAGAAAUAACCUGUAAAGGCCCUCCAGUUAGGUUCACACAACUUGUUUAUAAUAAAGUAUUUUCUGUAUGAGAGAGAAGUUGUUAUCUAAAUAUUAUAACCAUGAUUGUGUUACCCUUCAGAAAAUAUGGAAAGUUUUUACCUCAAUUUGUGCAAGUAAAGAACAAAAUUAGAAUAAAAACUGUUUUAUGUUACACACCAAGAAGUAAGUAUCCUUCAAACACACGAACCCAUUAACUUGAACUUAACUUACGGGAGGAGAUUACAGGAAAAAUUUACUGGGUAUUUACAUUUAUUUACUUUCGGCCAUCUUCUUGAGGAUAACAGAAGUGUCUGCAAACUACACAGUACUGUAUAAAUAUAAUGUUAUAAUGAAAUGGUAAGGUAGCUUUGGGUUUGAAUUUCCAUUUUCUGUAAAAAAUAUAAGGUCGUCAUAAUGUACA